GAUAAAUUUUUCUUGUGAAUUUUCUUCAAAAUAUAAAAUUUGUAUUUGUCAUGUAGACACCAACAAAUGCGGAAAACAUUUCAUCUAGUGCUGCUGCAACCGCUUCUUCACAUUCAAGAGUUGAAGCUAUUGAUCCACAAGAUCAUGAACCAACUCGUAGACGUCGACGAGAUGGACAAUCUGAUGAACAACGACCAUUAAAUAAUGAACAUGAAGAAAUUUUUAAAUAUGGUUUGUGUUUGAUGAAUUCAAAUAAAAGAAAAAAAGAAGCAGGGAUGUGGCGACCACGG